GCUCUGACUCUCCGCUGACCACACCGAGAGAAAGAGGUCCGCUCCGGCGCUGCUCGGAUACUGUUUCCUCCUACAGACUCCGAACUGUUCCCACAUUUGGUUUCGUUCACACUCACUGGAGACGUUUUCUCAGUGGAGGGAAGCUGAGGGGAAUGAGCAGCAGGAGAAACCUGCCGUGACUUCAGGGAGGAGAGAGUGGCCCCGGUGCCAGCAGGGCAGAUAGUUGGAGCGGCUCAUCAGAUCACAGCUAGCUUAUUGCUGCUGGAGGAACAGCCGAGAUGGACCUGAAGCUGAUCUUGAUGUCGAUAUUGUUAGGAUUGUUUUGUUACUGUAAUGCUCAGAAAGAGGGGAACGAGUGCACCGAUGCCAAUGCGAGAUACUGUGGGAAAUGCAUCCAGGCUGGAGCCAAAUGUGGCUGGUGUAAAGACCCAGACUUCCUGAAACAGGGCGAGACGGUGUCAAGCCGUUGUGAUGAGGUUCAGUCUCUGGUAAAAAGGGGCUGUGUCGAGGCAAUGAUUGAGAAUCCAAAAGGAGACAAAAAAGUCCUCAAGAACAAGGCCGUGACAAAUCGCAAAAAAGGAGCAGAGAAACUAAAGCCAGAGGACAUCACUCAGAUACAACCCCAGAAACUAAGUCUUACCCUUCGAUCUGGUCAGCCACAGUCUUUUGAAUUGAAGUUCAAACGAGCGGAGGAUUAUCCCAUCGACCUGUACUACUUGAUGGACCUGUCCUACUCCAUGAAGGAUGAUCUGGAGAACGUCAAAAAUCUGGGAACCAGUCUGAUGCUGGAGAUGUCAAAGAUCACCUCAGACUUCAGGAUAGGAUUUGGUUCGUUUGUGGAGAAGACCGUCAUGCCAUACAUCAGCACCACUCCGGCUAAGCUGCUGAACCCCUGCACAGGCGACCAGAACUGCACCAGCCCGUUCAGCUACAAGAACGUACUAAAGCUGACCAAUGAUGGCAAGAGGUUCAACACCCUUGUGGGCCAGCAGCACAUCUCUGGAAACCUGGACUCUCCUGAGGGGGGCUUUGAUGCCAUUAUGCAAGUGGCUGUGUGUGGGGACCACAUUGGCUGGAGGAAUGUGACUCGUCUGCUGGUGUUCUCCACUGAUGCUGGCUUUCACUUUGCUGGAGAUGGCAAACUGGGAGGCAUUGUACUGCCUAAUGAUGGAAAAUGUCACUUGGAGAACAAUGUUUACACAAUGAGCCAUUAUUAUGAUUAUCCCUCCAUUGCCCACCUGGUUCAAAAGCUGAGCGACAACAAUAUUCAGACUAUCUUUGCAGUCACAGAGGAGUUCCAGCCUGUUUACCAAGAGCUGAAAAAUCUAAUACCAAAGUCUGCAGUGGGCACUCUGUCUGCCAACUCAAGCAAUGUAAUCAACCUUAUUAUAGAUGCUUAUAAUUCUCUCUCAUCUGAGGUUAUUCUGGAGAACAGCAAGCUUCCAGAAGGAGUGACCAUAGCGUACACAUCCCGCUGUAAGAACGGAGUGGUUAGCAAGGGUGAAAAUGGACGGAAGUGCUCCAAUAUCUCCAUUGGAGAUGAGGUCACAUUUAACAUUAGUGUGACAUCUAAGGGCUGUCCAAAACAAGGCAAGCCUGAGACCAUUAAGAUAAAGCCUCUGGGAUUCACAGAGGAGGUGGAAAUUACCCUCAACUUCAUCUGCGAGUGUGAAUGCCACAACGACGCUAUCAAGAAUAGUGAACUGUGCCACUUUGGUAAUGGGACAUACGAGUGUGGAGCCUGCAAGUGUAAUGAUGGCCGUGUGGGCAGACAGUGUGAAUGCAGCAGCAACGACGUAGCUACAGAGGACAUGGACCGGACCUGCCGUAAGGACAACGGCACUGACAUCUGCAGUAACAACGGAGAAUGUGUGUGUGGCACAUGCGAGUGCAAGAAGAGAGACAACCCUGAGGAGAGGUAUAGCGGCCAGUAUUGCGAAUGUGACAACUUCAACUGUGACCGCUCUGGAAACAAACUCUGUGGAGGGCAUGGAAGCUGUGAAUGCAGAGUGUGUGUCUGUGACCCUAUGUGGACUGGAAGUGCCUGCGACUGUUCCCUGGACAACAGCACAUGUAUGGCCAGCAACAAGCAGAUGUGUAAUGGCAGAGGAAAGUGCGAAUGUGGCACUUGCAAGUGCGAUGAUCCCAAAUUUCAGGGUCCUACAUGUGAAACCUGCCCUACCUGUCCAGGAGUCUGUGCAGAACACAAAGAGUGUGUUCAGUGCCGGGCGUUUGGCACUGGUGAGAAGAAGGACAAAUGCAAGGAAGAAUGUGAUGACUUUACCUUGAUUAAAGUGAGAGACAGGGACAAGCUGCCCCAGCCCAAUGACGCAUCUUACCCUGUGAUGCACUGCAAGGAGAGGGACGCCAAUGACUGCUGGUUCUACUACACCUUCGCUGUCAACAACGACACAAAAAAGGAGGUCCAUGUGGUCGAAACACUGGACUGCCCCAGUGGUCCUGACAUCAUCCCCAUCGUGGCGGGCGUCGUCGCCGGCAUCGUCCUGAUUGGCUUAGCCCUGCUGCUCAUCUGGAAGCUGCUGAUGAUCAUCCAUGACAGAAGAGAGUUUGCCAAGUUUGAAAAGGAGAAGAUGAACGCCAAAUGGGAUACGCAAGAAAACCCCAUAUACAAGAGUCCAAUCAAUCAGUUCCAGAACCCAAACUAUGGACGUAAAGCCACUGCCCUUUAAGGUGAAAAUCCAAUCUAUAAAAGUGCCGUCACAACUGUGAUCAAUCCCAAAUAUGAGGGCAAAUGAUGGCUUCAUGGUUUUCAUUGAACUCUGCUAUCAAGUACCUGACAGCUGCAGUAUUUAAGGUUUGGGGGCUGACAGGAGCAUUUGGUGGAAUUUGUGCAUUUUUUUAUGUCGCUUUACCAUUAUAAUGUAUCAUUUUGCCACUGCAUCUAUAUUUUUACUAACACUUUUGAUUUAUAUGCAUUUGUUGUAUUUUAUAUGUACAGUAUACAGUAUGUGUAUAUACUUUUAAGUUGCAUAUUUGCAGAAGUUGAUGAAAUGAUGGUGUUUUUCCUGCCGCUGGACUGGUAUGGGCAGAAGAUUUAGCUUUUUUUUUUUUUUUUUUAACAACACAAUGUGGACUCUAUGGUUAUCCAACACAUGUACAAGAAUUCUGCAGCUUCUGUCACUCUCACUCAGACAAUUUUGUCUCUGUCUGUCCUUCUCCUCAUCUCUCCUUUGUGCACUGACCUUUUUGUGAGCUUCUGUGUGUUCCAGACAGGACCUGGGUUUAAGAUGUAAAUUCUCAGCCAUAGCAGCACAUUAUGUCCAUGUGUGUGUGUAUAUAUAGAAAGCAACUGCAACAGGAAGUUUUGAAUAUUAUUGGGCAUUCAGCUUAGAUUGGACAGUUAAAUCACAGUAGAUCAUGCAGUGGUUGUAAAUGUAGUUUUGAACUGCAUCUUAGAAACAUCCAGCGUUUAAGAUUGUAUUUGUCUUAUUGAGUACUGUUGCCUAUCUUGACGAAGCAAAUAUACAAGAUGAACGUAAAUGCCAACUAUCAUUAUUUGUAUUGUUGAUAUAUUGUCAUGAAAGGGAUUGUAUACCACUUGUUAAAAUUAUUAAAUCGUGGCAAUCAUGAACAAUCAAAUUUGUAUAGUCAUGGUACAAUAUACAGUUAAGUAAUGAAAUAUUGUUCUGUUUGCUAACUGCAGUAACUUUAUUGCUCAUUCUCAGGUCCUUUCCUGUGUUCUUGUCAAGUACACCAAAAAUAUGUUUUCUGUCAGCUUGUUCAGUGAACUCCUCUGUGAGUCAGUGGUGUUAGUUUUAAUGUUUUGUAGACUGUAAGACUGAAACAAGAGUAUUUGUUGAGAUGUCACAUGAAUCACCUCUGAAAUGUUUUCACACCCAAAUGCCUCUGAAGCACCACACGCAAGCCUUUACAGUAUUGUUUUCCAAGUGCCUUUUAUUUCAAUACCAUGGUCUCUCCCAAUGCUGUUUCUGAGUUAUUUAUUAAAGUACAAAAACUGUG